AUGACCUUCCUUCACUCUCGUCAGACUCUAUUUGUUGCCUCUAUCACAGAGAACUACACUGCCUUUCUUGAUGGAACUGUACAAUCAGCUCCAGAGUCUGCACAGGCUAUAACCACAGUCCCUCUUGAUUUAAAUCUCUGGCAUCAUCGCUUUGCUCAUCACAACUAUGCCGAUGUCCAAAAGAGGAUUAGAGAGGAGCUAGUGACUGGUCUUAUGCUGGAUUCAAAGCAGCAGCCUGACCCCAUUUGCGAACCAUGUCUGGCCGGUAAAAUGCAUGCCAAUCCCUUCCCUACAUCGGACAGUCAUGCCUCCAAACCCCUAGAAUUAAUUCACACAGAUGUCCAUGGACCUCUGCCUGUGUGUACACACUCAGGAUAUCGGUACUGGAUCACCUUCAUAGAUGAUUACAGCCGAUUCAGGGUUGUGCUAUUGCUAAAGGCUAAGAGUGAAGCCUUUGAUGCUUUCAAGCAGUAUAAAGCUUAUGCUGAAAAUCUGCUUGAAGCAAAAAUCAAGGCUGUCCAGGAUGACAAGAGUGGGGAGUACAUGUCCAAUGCCUUUAUACAGUUUACUCAGGAGGCAGGGAUUGAGCGCAGACAUACCACGUGCAAUAGACCACAGCAGAAUGGAGUUGCAGAGCGAGCUAAUCGCACAAUGGACAAUGACAUCACUGCUAUGCUAGCAGAGUCUAAACUGCCUCCUUCCUUCUGGGGAGAAUGCAUUGCAUCUAUGGUGCAUGUCUGGAACCAUCUGCCUACAGCAGUGGUGAAGGGUGCAACUCCCUAUGAGCUGUGGUACAAGCGGAAGCCAGAUGUCAGCCAUCUUCGUGUUUGGGGCUGUACUGCCUAUGUGCAUGUGCAGAAGGAUCAGCGUACAGGUCUGGGACCACACAUGCAGAAAUGCGUGUUUAUUGGUUAUCCUGCAGGAUACAAGGGGUGGAAGUUCUACAAUCCUGACACCAAAAAGACUAUAAUCUCAGAACAUGCUGAUUUUGAUGAGCGCUACUUCCCUGGCCUCAAAUGCACUCCUGAUAUUCCUCCUCCACCCCCUAUGUCAUUUUCACCUGCAGACAUUAUUCCUCUACCUGUAGCACCUGUACCUGGACAGGAUUUAGGGGGAGAUGGUGCACAUGUGCCAAAUCCUAUACCUGGUCCAGUUGCUUCAGAAGCUGAUCCACCUGCACCACCUGCACCACCUGCACCUGAGCAUCCAGUAACUCCACCACCUCCAGAUCCUUCAGAGCAUCAUAGAGUUCCAACUCCUCCUCCAUUUGAACCUAUAGAUCAUCAUCCAAUUGCUCAGUGCCGGGUACCUCGCAACAUUAGGCCCACCUGGAAAAUGCAAACUUCACCACCACCUGUGCAGGAUGCAGAGUCUGAGGACGAGUUGGAUGUGAUAGAUGCAGAUGCUGACUUUGUUGAAGUCCAGUUUGCUGGUCUAUCUGCUGGAGCAGGCCCUCGGACCUAUAAACAGGCUAUGGGCAGUUCUGAUGCUGAUAAGUGGCAGCAAGCAGCCAAUGAAGAGAUUGUGUCUCUAAUGGCCAAUAACACAUGGGACAUUGUUCCACUGCCACCAGGCAAAAGGGCAAUAGGCUCAGGCUGGGUGUUCAAGGUGAAGCACAAUGCAGAUGGUUCUGUAGAGCACUAUAAAGGCAGAUUAGUCGCCAAGGGUUACAGUCAACGCCCUGGCUUUGACUACACAGAAGUCUUUGCUCCCACGUUCCGUCAACCUGCAUUGCACCUUAUUCUAGCUCUCGCUGCAGCAGAGGAUCUAGAACUUCGCUCUGUGGAUAUCUCAUCUGCCUUCCUAAAUGGAGACUUGGAGGAAGAGAUCUACAUGCAACAACCUGAGGGGUUUCACCAGGGUGGUCCAGAAAUGGUCUGCAGGCUAAAUAAGUCACUCUAUGGCUUGAAGCAAGGUGCACGCCAGUGGAACAAGAAGCUUCAUGAGGUGCUCACCAAAAUGGGCUUCACUCAUCUUCAGUCUGACAGAAGCAUCUAUGUGUACAUUAGGGGAGAUGUGCGCAUUAUUGUCCCAGUCUUUAUAGACGAUAUGACACUUGCUUCAAAGUCCAAGAAGGCACUUGAUGACACUGUCAAGGAGUCAAAGUCAUAUUUUAAACUCCGAGACCUUGGAUCUACCCAGUUUCUGCUAGGCAUAGACAUCAAAAGAGACCGUGCAAAGCAUACCAUUUCACUCUCACAGCGCCAGUAUAUAGUGGAUAUGCUGGAGCAUUAUGGUCUCUCUGACUGCAAGUCUGUCAGCACUCCUAUGGAUCCUGGAGCAGAGCUUUCAAAGGCUCUUGCACCUCAGACACAGGAAGAGGCAGAAUAUAUGCACAAAGUGCCUUAUCUCAGUGCUGUAGGGGCACUGAUGUAUUUGGCCAUCACCACUUGUCCAGACAUCAUGUUUGCCAUUGGAUGUCUUGCGCGUUUUAAUGCCAAUCCUGGUCCUGCACAUUGGAUUGCUGUGAAGCAUGUCUUCCGCUAUCUGAAGGGCACAAUGGACUUAAGGCUGCACUAUGGUCCCAGUGAUGUAAAGGAGUUCUUCCUAACCUACACGGACUCAGACUUUGGUGGUGAGAGGGAUAAUCGUCGCUCCACUGGUGGUUACCUUGUAAAAGUGGGCACAGGUGCUAUUAGCUGGAGUAGCAAGCUUCAGUCCCUUAUUGCCCAAUCCACCACAAAAGCCGAGUACAUUGCUGCAGUUGAAGCAGGAAAGGAAAUCCUCUGGAUGCAUAAUCUUCUCACAGAACUGGGGUAUACAGUGUCCAAAGUCUCUACACUUUACAUGGACAAUCAGUCUGCAAUCAGUGUCUCUAAAAAUCCAGAACAUCAUGGCAGAAUGAAGCACUUGGAUCUGCGCUUCUUCUGGCUUCGAGACACCGUGGAGGCAGGUCAAAUUGCACCAGUAUAUAUUCCUACUGCAGAGAUGAUAGCGGACAUUUUGACAAAGCCCUUGCCGGCGGCAAAGAUUAUCUACUGCCGCGAGAUGAUGGGCUUGAGUGUUACAAAGCUCCUCUCUGAGGAACGCGCGGACGACUUCCGCCUCUACCUUUACCGAUCACGUGACAAUGAUGUCACAGAGCCUAGACUGACCAUGUGA